GAGUGGAUUGAAAUAACAGAUCCUAGGACAAAGGCAAAGAUGUACGCAAACUUGGAGACAGGAGUUGUGCAAUGGAAUGCACCCACCGGGGUACAAAUUAAGAGGACAGAUGAGAAUCAGUGGUGGGAGCUGUACGACAAGAACACUGCAAGAUUUUAUUACUACAAUGCCUGUCUGCAAGAAACUCUCUGGCAGAAACCAAACGCCAUCAACAUCAUACCACUCGCUAAGCUGCAGGUCAUUUCAUUAUGA